GUCAUUUUCCUCUUGGUAAUAGCGCAGACAAUUUAGAUUGUGCCAGUUUAUUCCCGAAUAGUCUUGAUCUUCAACAUAAUUUUCGAUUCUAUUAUUUAGCUGGCAUCUAUAGGUCAUUUAGAUCAUAUUUUAAAUAAUUUAGACAGCGUAGUAUUUUUGCUUAAGGUAACCCGGUUACGGGUUCGUUACACCAGCCUCGCGUUUUCCGAAUUUUAAGUCCAAUUGUACGUUCCGUUACCCCAUGUUAACGUGUUCAGUUAGGGUGAAGAAGCAAAGAAUUUAAAUGCGAAAUGUGAGGAAUAACCACUUAUUCUAACAGCAAACAAAGUUGUGCUGUAGCUCUCUGUAAGAAAAAGUGCAUGGCAUGUUAAAACUGGGAUAUAUUAUGUUCUCAAGAAUAUAGUGAAAUUCAGUGCUUGGUAUGCACUGGUUACCGGCACAUUGACGAACAAAUGAUGAAAAUAAUGCAUUUUAGAAAUAGUUGGCUGGAUUCUCUUAAGUUGUCUCAACUAAUGGACUAUAUAUAGCCCUUAUCAGUCUUGUUAGCAUGACACUGCAAUUUAAGCGAGCUUUUCGUGAUGGUUGCAUGAAAAGUGAGGUCUUCAGCUGGGGAAAGUUAAAUAUGUCAACAACUAAAACUGACAGCCAUUGCCUGCAAACCAACUACUGCCAAGUCGACCCAAGGAAGGGAAAAUUUUGCAUCUGGUUAUUUUCCUCGCUGACCUGGUUAUCAAGGCUGGUCAGGACCGCAGGGCUUUGAGCAGGAAGCCUGAAUGAAAUGCAAGUGAAAGAGAGGAACGUCUGAGUGACAGGACAUGAGGAAGGACAGAAUGUUCUGGAGCACAGCAGCACUGAGCAUGGUAUUCCUUAUCCACUUCGGCUUUACCAUCUCCACAGUGGGGAUGCAAGGUGUGGACGUGUGUGCCACAUGUCACAUCAAUGCCACGUGUGAAGAGAAGGCUGACGGCCACAAAGUCUGCAACUGCAUGUAUGGCUUUGUGGGAAAUGGACGGACGCACUGUCAAGAUAAGGAUGAGUGCCAGAUUGGAGCCAAUAAAAUUUGUGGGAAUCACACGGCCUGCCACAACACCUAUGGCAGUUUCUACUGCACCUGUCUGACUGGCUACCACCCCUCCAACAACAUGGCAACCUUCAUUCCAAACGACGGCACCUUCUGCGAUGAUAUUGAUGAGUGUCGGGUGCAGGGGAUUUGCGGAGAGGGUGCACAUUGCAGCAAUGUUCAGGGUAGUUUUAACUGCCGAUGCCAGGUUGGAUACCGACUCGAGAAUGGACAGGAACCCUUCCGGCCCAGCCAUGACAAAUCACACUGCACAGCUGUCGACUGUGGGCCGCCUCGAAGCGCUGGCCGCGCCAUCCUGCUCUCAUUCACGGGAACAAGCUACCUUAGCCAGGCUGUGUUUGGCUGUUCGGAAGGAUUCCGCUGGAAGAGCGGGAACACAGCAGCAGUUUGUGGAGCUGAAAGAGUGUGGGAAGGCCCCAGCCUGGUGUGUGAAGAGAUUAAGUGUGGAGAUCCACCAGUGUUACCCCAUGCUACCCACCAGUGGAAUGGCAGCACAGCUGUGGGCACCAAGGUGGAGUAUCUCUGUAAUGAAGGCUUACGGCCUGUGGGUGGAGAACACACGUCAAUCUGUGGAGGACGUGGUACAUGGACAAAUGUGACUCUCCAGUGCAAAGAGGUUGACUGUGGUGAGCCCCCCUCAUUUCCCCAUGCUGCUAUGUUGUGGAAUCAGAGCAGCAGGGUUGGUGCUCAGGUGCGCUACCAGUGCUGUGCUGGAUUUUACAAUGCGGGGAAAGGCAAUGUCUCACUGUGUACUGCUGACGGUUACUGGGAUCCCAUAGAUAUACUCUGUCAAGAGGUUGACUGUGGUGAGCCCCCCUCAUUGCCCCAUGCUGCUAUGUUGUGGAAUCAGAGCAGCAGGGUUGGUGCUCAGGUGCACUACCAGUGCCGUGUUGGAUUUUAUAAUGCGGGGAAAGGCAAUGUCUCACUGUGUACUGCUGACGGUUACUGGGAUCCCGUAGAUAUACUCUGUCAAGAGGUUGACUGUGGUGAGCCCCCCUCAUUUCCCCAUGCUGCUAUGUUGUGGAAUCAGAGCAGCAGGGUUGGUGCUCAGGUGCACUACCAGUGCUGUGCUGGAUUUUACAAUGCGGGGAAAGGCAAUGUCUCACUGUGUACUACUGACGGUUACUGGGAUCCCGUAGAUAUACUCUGCCAAGAGGUUGACUGUGGUGAGCCCCCCUCAUUUCCCCAUGCUGCUAUGUUGUGGAAUCAGAGCAGCAGGGUUGGUGCUCAGGUGCACUACCAGUGCUGUGCUGGAUUUUAUAAUGCGGGGAAAGGCAAUGUCUCACUGUGUACUGCUGACGGUUACUGGGAUCCUGUAAAUAUACUCUGCCAAGAGGUUGACUGUGGUGAGCCCCCCUCAUUGCCCCAUGCUGCUAUGUUGUGGAAUCAGAGCAGUAGGGUUGGUGCUCAGGUGCACUACCAGUGCCGUGCUGGAUUUUAUAAUGCAGGGAAAGGCAAUGUCUCACUGUGUACUGCUGGCGGUUACUGGGAUCCCGUAGAUAUACUCUGCCAAGAGGUUGACUGUGGUGAGCCCCCCUCAUUUCCCCAUGCUGCUAUGUUGUGGAAUCAGAGCAGCAGGGUUGGUGCUCAGGUGCACUACCAGUGCCGUGUUGGAUUUUACAAUGCGGGGAAAGGCAAUGUCUCACUGUGUACUGCUGACGGUUACUGGGAUCCCGUAGAUAUACUCUGCCAAGCACUGUGUGGUCCUGCUCCCCAGUUGCUCCACGCUGUGGUGGAGUGGCAAAAUGGCACAGUGGCGGUACAUCGUUGUCAGGAUGGAUACCGCAGUAGGACAGGAAGCAACAUAUCUGUGUGUGACCAUGCCCAGACCUGGCACGCUGCCACCCUCAUCUGCAGGGAGGUUAAGCCACCCAUCAGUAAAGUGGAGGUGUUUAACGAGAGCUGCCUGCGGUGGAAGGCUGAGAUGAAUGGUGGAAACCAGGAACACUACACCGUUCAGUUUGUGGGAUCCAGGGCUUAUCAGAAGGCAUUCCAGGACAAACAGAUGCUGGUCUUCAAAUCAGGAGCUAACAGACCUGAACUCUGUAUGAACCUGCUGCCAGGAACCAACUACUCCAUAAACAUCACAGCACAGACUGCAAAUUUCUCACUCACCGUCUCCGCCAACACCAGUAUACAAGCUCCUCCAGUCCCUCAUGUCACCUUCAGAGAUGUAGAAGGUUCCUGUCCUACCCUUGGACUCCACAGGACCAUCCACCCACAGGAUGCAAUUAGUGUGUACCAGGUUUUCGUGCUGCUGCUUGAGGGGAAGGUUGUGUUUGACUGCUCCUCUCCGCGCACUCCACACUUUUACGGCUGCCGGGAGCCGUGCCAGGAGUACAUAACGGCAGAGGUCCAGCUGGCUGCAACUGGAAGAAAGCUUUUCUUCACUGUGGGGGACCAGCAGUGGUAUGGGGGGUACUACAAUGCCCCCCUGGAGAAUGGCAAAGACUACUACAUAAUACUGCGUGCCGUCAGUCAGUGGGCAGGGGUCAGAAAGCAGUACUGUGUAAUCUGGGCAAAAGUCAAGGGUGCAUCCUACAUCAUUGAAUCAGUGACUCUCUUAACUGGGGGAUCCAUUGGAUUGGUUGCAUUCAUAGUACUUCUGGGAUAUUCAUAUACCUGGUACUGUAAGAAGCAAUAACAGAAGCUCACAGUUCCCUUUCCAGAGUCCAAUGUGUAUAGUCUUUAAUCCUGGGAUUGUAAUGUGCCACAGCACAACAAAUGCAGCAAUUACAUUUUGAGAUUCUGAAGAUUUUUUACAUUGACUUGUAUCCUUGUUUGUUAUUGUUGUUUUCUAAUAAAUCUUAAAUUCACUCAA